AUGGAGAACCCGGUGGCCCCUUGCAUCCUCUUCCCCGGGGAUGAUCGCGGUCCCGAGCCCAGGGGCGCCUUGGCGCAGGGCGUGUGCGGCCAGGCUGGGGGCGGCGGCGGUGGCGCGCCCGAGGCUCCGGGAGAGGGCAGCCUGCAGCCGCCGGAUGCGGCCGCGGGGGAGGGCCCUGUGUCCCCGGCGCAGUCACCCUGCAGUCUCAGCGCGUCCCUGUGCUUCAGCUCCGGGGACGACUCCCCGCCGCAGUCCCGCGCCUCCGCCGCCGAGGGCGCAGCGGCCUCCCCGCCCCCGUGUCGCAGCGGCGAGCGGGUGGUGGAGAGGCAGUGGGAAGUUGGCAGCUCGGGCGCCCUGUCGCCCGAAGACCCCGAGGAGACCGCGUUCCCGGAAGAGCCCGCGUCCCCGGAGGAGCCCGCGUCCUGGGAGGAGCUCGGGGAACCCGCGCCUGUGCCCCCCGGUGUCGGGCCCGCGCACGGGGAGCCCGACCUGGUCAUCGAGGUGUCGGGCCGCCGGCUGCGAGCACAUAAAGCUGUGCUGGCGGCGCGCAGCGACUACUUCCGUGCACGCGCGUCGCGGGACGUGCUGCGGGUGACGGGCGUGGGCUGGGCGGCGCUGCGGCUGCUGCUGGCCUACGCGUACAGCGGGCGCAUGGCGGGCGUGCGCCCCGACAACGUGGCCGAGGUGGUGGCCGGCGCGCGCCGCCUGCAGCUGCCCUGCGCCGCGCAGCGCGCCACCGAGGCCGUGGCGCCGCAGCUGAGCCUCGCCAACUGCCUGGAGGUGCUGAGCGCGGCCAAGCGGCAGCGGCUGACGGAGCUGCGCGACGCCGCCUACCGCUUCAUGAGCGACCACUACCUGGAGGUGCUGCGCGAGCCCGCGGUGUUUGGGCGCCUGUCGGGCGCCGAGCGCGACCUCCUGCUGCGCCGCCGCCUGCGCGCCGGACGGGCCCACCUGCUGGCCGCCGCGCUCGGGUCGGCCGGGGAGCGCGCGGGCAGCCGCCCGCAGAGCCCGUCGGGGGACGCGGAGUGCCGCGGGGACGCCGCCGUCUACUGCUGGCGCGAGGAGGCCCGCGAGUGGCACGAGCUGACGCGGCUGCCGGAGGGCGCCCCGGCGCGGGGCUGCGGCCUGUGCGUGCUCUACAACUACCUCUUCGUGGCCGGUGGCGUGGCGCCCGCGGGUCCUGACGGCCGCGCGCGCCCCUCGGACCAGGUCUUCUGCUACAACCCGGCCACGGACCGCUGGAGCACCGUGCGGCCACUGCGCCAGGCGCGCUCUCAGCUGCAGCUGCUGGCCCUGGACGGCCACUUGUACGCCGUGGGCGGCGAGUGCCUGCUCAGCGUGGAGCGCUACGACCCGCGCGCCGACCGCUGGGCCGCCGUGGCCCCGCUGCCCCGGGGCGCCUUCGCCGUGGCGCACGAGGCCACCACCUGCAAUGGGGAGAUCUACGUGUCCGGGGGCUCGCUCUUCUACCGCCUGCUCAAGUACGACCCGCGGCGCGACGAGUGGCAGGAGUGCCCGUGCAGCAGCAGCCGCGAGCGCUCGGCGGACAUGGUGGCGCUGGACGGCUUCAUCUACCGUUUCGACCUGUGCGGGGGCCGCGGCGACGCGCAGGCGGCGGGGCCAGCCGGCGGGGUCAGCGUGCUGCGCUACCACUGCCUGGCCAAGCAGUGGAGCCGCUGCGCCGCGCACCUGCGGCCCCCGGGCGCGCCGUCGGGCCUGCAGCCCUUCCGCUGCGCGGCGCUGGGCGGCAGCAUCUACUGCGUGAGCCGCGCCGGCACCUGGCGCUUCGUGCCUCCGCGGGACGGCGAGCGCGGCGCGGAGGAGGCUGCGGGCGGCAGCUUCGAGGCCGAGGCGCUGGGCGCCCCGCUGGACGUCCGGGGCGCGCUCUUCCCCUUCGUGCUCAACCUGCCCGAGAAUCCAGACAGAGGCGAGGAGGGCGCCGAUUAG